AUGGCGGUCCCAACUUUGCUUCGCCAGAGAAAACUGACCCCACAGCCAGAAGACGCGUUUGCUGAGGCUUCUGUACACCAAUCUCAGGAGAAUGUGGCAGAGUCCAGAUGCGAUGAGGUUGUUUGGGGGAAAACUCCAGGUGGAGAAGGGUCGAACAGUCUUUCGCGUUCCAACGACACACGACGUAUUAACAGCUUUGUUUCAUCCCUCCUAUCCGAAAAGCCACCUCGACUUGCUGAAUUUGAGUCUUCUUGGGACUCAGCUUUUGCUUUUCUUCUUGUUGCCUCGUUCAGUCGCAAGAGAUGGGUUCUCACUAAACAAAGCAAGAAGAAGUGGAUCGUCAGAGAAAUAAAUCGUUUGGGAUGGCUCGACGAGAGUCGAAAACCUGGCACUAGAAACUGGAUUAAAGCACAACUCGCAGGAAAAAUGGGGAAGGAUUACUCUUUCGAUACUCUUCCGCUUGAAUAUAAUGCCUGGCUGCUUUUUCGUCAACUCGUUGACGUGAUCCUCCUUAAUGACUUCAUGGCAUACUGCAUGUUUGCCUUUUCAUGCUUCCGAGUUCCCGAAGAGCUUUCUAUCACUGUUCAUAUCAUGAGGUGGAUCGGUGGGAUCGCUCUCAUUGUUUUCAACCUGUGGGUUAAAACCGAGGCCCACGAUGUUGUCAAGGAUUACGGCUGGUAUUGGGGUGAUGUUUUCUUUCAGCGUGGUGCUCUGGUUUUCGAUGGCGUGUUUGAACUUGCACCGCAUCCCAUGUAUUCCGUUGGCUAUGCCGGCUAUUAUGGGCUUUCAUUGAUCGUGGGCAGCUAUCCGGUGCUAUUCGUCAGUUUGGCUGCGCAUGCAGCCCAGUUUGCUUUCCUCGUGUUUUUUGAGAACCCUCACAUCGAGCGAAUGUACGGAAAACGUAAACCCAUAGCCUUGCGGCGUCCCUUUCCUCCGUCCGUUCGUAAAGUCCGCCCGGAGAAACAGUCACCCCACUCGACGGUCAUCACCGAAGAUCUUGUAGAACAGCUCUCAACACCGCCAGCGACCGAAGGUGAAACUGCCACAGAAACAGAAUUCGAGACAGAAACAGAAACCGAGAUCGAAUGCGAGACCAAACCCACCACAAAGAAGUCUCGUAGCUUUGAUAGGCUUGUCAUCGAUCGCACUUUAAGCCGCGGACCACGUUCCCCUACAGAACGUGCGAUCUCGCAGCACGAUCUUCAUAACAAAUACUUCCGCAGUGAUACCGUCAUCUUUCACAACGUUGAUUUACUCCGUUCAUCGGAUGCGAUGCUUGUUCUUAUUGUAUUCUACGUCGUCUUUUGCACUUCGUACACGCAUGCGCCUGGUGUAUCUUCCACAGCUUUGGGCUUGGACUUCUGUUGCGUGCACAGAAAUGAUCACGGUCAAGGUGCCAUUCAAGAAUCAUUCACGAACUGGAAAGCUCUGUACAAUGUCAGCUUGUGUAUGACAUAUAUUUCAUUGAUUGGCCUGACCUGGAAAACUUACUCUUUCCCUAGUAAUUGGACAGGUGGGGAUGAGCUUUUAUGUCAUACGCUAGGCACAUUACUAGUUGGCCUUCAUGUCUGGGCAGCUAUGGAAUCUUUUGAAGUUCUGGGAGUAUUUGGGUGGUUUUAUGGAGAUUUUUUCAUGGACGACUUCCCUGCGCUUUUAGAGUACACCGGCAUUUAUCGUUACCUGAACAAUCCCGAGUUAAUGAGUGGUGCCUCUUUUUUGGGACUUGCUUUAGUGAGCGGAAGUAAGCUCGUCGGUUCUUUAGCAGUCAUCAGAUUUCUGUCGCAUUGGUGGUUCCUUCGGAUGGUGGAAAACCCCCACAUGCGAAAGUUAUAUGGCAACACCCUACGGAAAGAAGCUGGAUUUGUCAAAGUCAUCAAGUCUGUUGCGAGCAAGAACGCACGGCUGUUGGAAUCACGGGCCGGGCGGCACGCACCAGAAAUUAGAAGAGUCGCCAGGGAAGUCAAAGGUACUUUCGACAAGGUGUAUGAGGAAACCGCCGACGUGGUGGAAGAUUUCCUAGCGAAAUCCAAACCGAAAAUCUCUGAAGUUAUGCAAGAGACGAAGGUUCUUCUCCAACAAUCUCGAGAACGCCUCGUGAUUACACGAGUGGCCAACGACUUGUCCUCAUACGAUACAGCGAAAUACAGGAUAUCCAUCGCUGCUAGCAAGGCUGGUAGCUCACGCUUCCACCUAGGUGAGCCUAUUAAGGUGAACUGGCAGGCGCCUCUUAUGCACUCGCGUCGUGAUUGGAUUGGCAUCUACAGGGUGGGAGCGAACAAGUCUACCCUUGUCACCAAGACAUCGUCUCUUGGCAUGUGGGUUCCUGUGCAUGAUGCAGAAUGGGAUGGUGAUAUUCCUCUUGGUUCUAACCGUCCCAUUACCCGGGGAUUGGAACCCGAAACCGGUUCUAUUAUAUUCGAGGGCAAUGUUCUCCCGUGGGUAAUUGGCCACUAUGAGGUCCGCUAUCACCAUGAUGGGAAGUACAACGUUCUGAGUAUGGAUGGCCCUUUCGAGAUUUAUGGCGAGUAUUUUUUGGACAAGCCGUCUGUGCUUGAUUUCCCAUCUGUUCGGAACUGCCUCAUGCGCGUUGUUCCCCUUUGCUUGGACUCGGAUCCUUCACUAAUUCCAUUAUCGUGUGGAGGCAUGCUGGCUUCUGAACCACUUUCUGUUGGAGAGCACCGUGAUGCUGAUGAUUUCAGUUUUUGGUCCGAGCGGCAGGCAAAACGCAUAUGUUCGGCCAUUGAGCAAGUAUUUGACGCUGAAUAUGCCCCAGAAGUCGUUGUGGCAGAUGCAAACUUGACAGCUCUUGCCAACAGGAUUCUGGUUUCAAAACAUUUGGUAUCUUGA